CGUAAUGUGAGGGGUCGCCCGGUAGGGCUGAGCUAGACCAAUGAGGAGAGAAUAGGGGUUUUCCUGCUCUGACGCCCAACCGUGAGACCCAGCCCCAGGAAAGUUUCGCUUCGGGGAGGGAGAGGAGCGAACAUGGCAGCGCGGUGGUGUUUUUUGUGUGUCUCUGCAACUAUGGCGGUGGCGCUGCUGCUCGUUUAUGGGGUUCCCUCCGCCUCUGCUCAAAGAAAGAAGGAGAUGGUGUUAUCUGAAAAGGUUAGUCAGCUGAUGGAAUGGACCAAUAAGAGACCUGUAAUAAGAAUGAAUGGAGACAAGUUCCGUCGCCUUGUUAAAGCCCCACCGAGAAACUACUCCGUUAUUGUCAUGUUCACUGCUCUUCAGCUUCAUAGACAAUGUGUCGUGUGCAAGCAAGCUGAUGAAGAAUUCCAGAUCCUGGCAAACUCCUGGCGAUACUCCAGUGCAUUUACCAACAGGAUAUUUUUUGCUAUGGUGGAUUUUGAUGAAGGCUCUGAUGUAUUUCAGAUGCUAAACAUGAAUUCAGCUCCAACUUUCAUCAACUUUCCUGCAAAAGGGAAACCCAAACGGGGUGAUACAUAUGAGUUGCAGGUGCGUGGUUUUUCAGCUGAGCAAAUUGCCCGGUGGAUUGCUGACAGAACUGAUGUCAAUAUUAGAGUAAUCAGACCUCCAAAUUAUGCUGGUCCACUUAUGUUGGGAUUGCUUUUGGCUGUUAUUGGUGGACUUGUAUAUCUUCGAAGAAGCAAUAUGGAGUUUCUCUUUAAUAAAACUGGAUGGGCUUUUGCAGCUUUGUGUUUUGUGCUUGCUAUGACAUCUGGUCAAAUGUGGAAUCAUAUCAGAGGACCACCGUAUGCUCAUAAGAAUCCUCACACAGGACAUGUGAAUUAUAUCCAUGGAAGCAGCCAAGCCCAGUUUGUAGCUGAAACACACAUUGUUCUUCUGUUUAAUGGUGGGGUUACCUUGGGGAUGGUGCUUUUGUGUGAAGCUGCUACAUCUGACAUGGAUAUUGGAAAGCGAAAGAUAAUGUGUGUGGCUGGUAUUGGACUCGUUGUAUUAUUCUUCAGUUGGAUGCUGUCUAUUUUCAGAUCUAAAUAUCAUGGAUAUCCAUAUAGCUUUCUGAUGAGCUAAAAAGGAUCCCAGAGAUACGUAGACACUGGAGUAAUAGAAAUUGAAAAAUGAAAAUGGUGUGUGUGUGUGUGUGUGUGUGUGUGUGUGUGUGUGUGUGUGCGCGUGCGCGCACACACGCGCGCGUGUGUGUGAAAAGAAGAACGCAAUUUGUGUAUUUUGUAUUACCUCUUUUUUUCAAGUGAUUUAAAUAGUUAAUCAUUUAACCAAAGAAGAUGUGUAGUGCCUUAACAGCAAUUUCCUGUCAAAAUCAUGAAGUAUUUGGAUACAAUUCUCCUCUUUACCUUCCCUUCGUAGUGAACUAUAUGGAACAUUUAAUUUAGUAGUAUUAAAUAUAUUAUAAAAAUUUAAAAACUACUACUUUAUUUUAAUUAGGACAAGAUUCAAAACUGCUUUAGUUCAUUAUCUUUUCCAAAGGUGGGGGUCAGAAAGUCCUGACCAGGAGUUCCUGUAUGUACCUGUUAACACAUAACUGCAUCAGGAAUCCAUUCUUAACUUUUCCUUUUUGGCAUGGAUGUGUAUUCUUUGCACAUCUUUUCUUUUGGGCAGAGAAAUCAUAAUAUGUGAUCUUAUGAAAAUGGAACACCAUUUUUCAGAGUAUAUGUCUACCUUUUAGAAAAGAAGACUAGCCAAUCCACCUCCUCCAUCUUUCCUACUGAAAUAAAGUGUUAGCUAUACUUCUUGGUGGCUGAAGACACUAAAAAGUAUCUCUAAAUACGUGAUUUCUGCACGAGCAUGGUGGUAACUGCCUUGUAUUUGGAAAUAUUUUAGGUUCAUUCUGUCUCCCUACUUUUAUUUAAGUCAGGCCACUCUAUAAUGAAAAUGUAUCUUAGUGCUAAAAUCAUUGUAACUUAAAAAUGGUCUAAAAUGUUUCUGAAAAUUAGAGAUUGUAACUUAUUUCAUUUGUACCUCAGAGAAAAAAAAUAGGCUCAUCUGGUUAAGUUGAUUUCUGUAUUACAGUUACAAAUAACCCUUGUGUUUAGGAAAAUGACUUCCUAAGAUUGGGAAAAGAAAAUCAUGAAAUCCUGAGCUGUUGCCUGUGAAUAGAAAGUAAAUGUUUCUUGAAAGCUGUUCUGUUUUUGCUGUUAUUUUUAAAUGCCUUCAUUCUCUCACUUCAAGUGGAGAAUCAAAGUAAACAUUUGAAUAGGCUUUGAGUCUUGUCUUUCUUUCUGUCAGUGGAAAUAACCAUAUAUGCUAACCAAAUUUCUGUGAAGAAUGAAAGUUGAUGGUUAACAUUAGAUCUACCUGUAACCGCCCCUAUAGUUAUGAAGAGUAUCCUGAAAUGCCACUAUUAUAGAAAUGUGAGAAUUGUGAUUGUGAAAAUAAAUUAAAUCUUAGAAUUAUUGAAUUCAAAUAAUACUGGGACUGGCCAGCUACUAUUUGCUAUCUAAUAACUCUUCCAUGUGAUCUAGAAGUCUUAUAUAAUAGAGGCUUGCAGAAAGAGAUGGAUAUAAUUGUCUAAGAAGAAAUGUUUUAUAAAAGUGGAUUUUUUUGGUUUGUUUUUUGUUAGUAGAUGGGCAGGUAAGGGGAUGGGUGACGUUUUACUCAUUUAGUGAAGCCACUUUUUGUUAAUUACUCCCCUGUAAAUUGUGUGAUUAUGGAUUCCUAAUCUGCUGUUCUUGUACUUGUCUCAGGCCAAAUAAAUUCAUGCUGUGAUUCUUAUUAGACUUGUAUGAAGAUGCCCUGAUUUGUAUACUGACAAAAGGAAUACUACUGCCAUGUAAUCUGUAUAGCUCCAGAUAAUUUGCCAUGAGCAUUGAAAGAAUUACAGUUUUUUUGCAUUUGUUUUGUCUCCCUUAAGAGCACAUUAUUCUGUAAGAAGAAAAGUUGCAUUCUGGCUAAACUCUGUAAAAAUCAUAUUUACUACACUUAGAAUAAAUAAUGUUACCUUUGUGGAAAAUCUGAAAUUAGCUUUCAUCGGAAGUGCCUUAAGUAGAUUCUUAAUUUACUUUUCUAGUAAUGGUUUAAAUAUUUUUUGUUAUGCAUUUUUAAAAUACUAUUCAAAAUGAUACAUUGUAGUGGUAAAGAUAACCAAAUGUCUGGCUCUUUGCUUUUUGACCAUAUCAAUAAACUUUUACAAUCUAAA